AUGGGCUGCGUUUAUUCUAAGACAUGCAUCGGUGAACUAUGUGCUCCUCGAGAUGUUAAGGUUCAAGAAAGUGGACAAGUAAGAACAACUACAAGUGAGAUUGCUGUGUUCUCCCCUGCUCACUCUGAGAAUGGGGAUGGAGAAAACAGAGACCAGGAAGUGGGUAUAACUAGACUAUCUAGAGUGUCGGCUCAGUUUUUACCCUCCAAUGGCUCGAGGGUUACAAAAGUUCCUUCGAGUAGUUAUGAAUUACAUUCCUCAUUUUUAUCUCAGAGGGGUUACUACCCUGAUGCCCUUGAUAAGGCCAACCAAGACAGUUUUUGCAUUCAUACUCCGUUUGGGACAAGUCCGGAUGAUCAUUUUUUUGGGGUAUUUGAUGGUCAUGGUGAAUUUGGAGCUCAAUGCUCACAGUUUGUGAAGCACAAGUUAUGCGAGAAUUUGCUUAGGAAUAGUAGAUUUCACAUAGAUGCAGUUGAAGCAUGUCAUGCGGCUUUCUUAACGACGAAUUCACAACUGCAUGCUGAUGAUUUGGAUGAUAGUAUGAGUGGUACGACUGCAGUCACAGUUCUGGUUAGGGGAAGGACAAUUUUUGUUGCCAAUUCAGGUGAUUCGAGAGCUGUUAUUGGCGAAAGGAGAGGGAAGGAUAUUGUUGCUGUUGACCUGUCUGUAGAUCAUACACCUUUCCGGCCAGACGAACUUGAACGAGUGAAGCUAUGUGGAGCUAGGGUUCUCACGUUGGAUCAGAUUGAAGGACUCAAGAAUCCGAAUGUGCAGUGUUGGGGAAGUGAAGAAGGUGAUGAUGAUGGUGAUCCUCCUAGACUGUGGGUGCCAAAUGGUAUGUAUCCGGGUACAGCUUUCACAAGAAGUAUCGGUGAUUCUAUUGCAGAGACAAUUGGCGUUGUUGCAAACCCGGAAAUUGUUGUUCUGGAGCUCACUCAGAAUCACCCAUUCUUUGUGAUUGCUAGUGAUGGUGUCUUUGAGUUUCUUUCCAGCCAAGCUGUGGUGGACAUGGUUGCAAAACAUAAGGACCCACAUGAUGCUUGUGCUGCCAUUGUUGCUGAAUCAUAUCGUCUAUGGCUACAGUAUGAAACUCGUACUGAUGACAUUACCGUGAUAGUUGUGCAUAUAAAUGGAAUAAAUGAUGCUGCAUUUCAUCAAGCAGUGGAGCCUGCUGCAGUUUUACGACCCCCUUUACCUCAAAUGAUAGAAGUAUCCGGAUCAGAGUCCCCGUCUCUUGUGAACUGGAGGACUGGAAAUCAGCGUGCAAGACAUGAUAUAUCUCGUGCACGACUCCGUGCACUUGAAAGUUCUCUGGAGUAUGGACAAGUUUGGGUGCCUUCAUCUCCAGCCCACAGAAAGACCUGGGAAGAAGAAGCUCAAAUUGAAAGGGCUUUGCGCGACCAUUUUCUUUUCAGAAAGCUUACUGAUUCUCAGUGUCAUGUUUUGUUGGACUGCAUGCUAAGGGUUGAGGUUCAAGCAGGAGACAUAGUCGGUGGAGAAUGUGAUUGUUUCUAUGUUGUUGGCAAUGGGGAGUUUGAGGUCUUGGCAACCCAGGAAGAAAAUAAUGGUGCAGCACCCCGUGUAUUGCAGCGUUACACUUCUGAAAACUUAUCUUCCUUUGGGGAGCUGGCACUGAUGUACAACAAGCCACUCCAAGCUUCUGUUAGAGCUGUGACCAAUGGAACUCUUUGGGCACUCAAAAGAGAAGAUUUUAGAGGAAUUCUCAUGUCUGAGUUUUCUAAUUUAUCCUCAUUGAAGUUACUUCGAUCAGUAGACCUUCUCUCAAGGUUGACAAUCUUACAGCUAAGUCAUAUUGCAGAUUCACUUUCAGAAGUAUCUUUCUAUGAUGGACAGAAAAUAAUUGAUGAGAAUGAGAACCUACUGGGAUUGUACAUCAUACAAAAGGGAGACGUAAAAAUUACUUGUGACAUUGAUUCAGUAAAAAGUACUAAUGCUUCCAGCCUCUUGCCUGAACCUAAGAAGCAAGAUGGUGAUGUGUCUAGCAAGAGCUUUACUGUAGAGAAGACUGAAGGCAGCUAUUUUGGAGAAUGGGCUCUUCUCGGUGUACAUAUAUCUUCGUUGAGUGUCAUUGCUGUGGGCAAUGUGGUAUGCUCUGUCUUAACCAAGGAGAAGUUUGACUCGGUUGUUGGCCCUCUGGCGAAACUUUCACAAGAUGAUCAUAAGUCAAAGCAUCAGUCAACUAGUUUAUCCACAGAAUCUUUAAAAAAAUUGGAUACUUCAACUACUCGGAAGAUUCAGCUCGCUGAUUUGGAGUGGCACGCUUCUGUGUACUCCACGGACUGCAGUGAGAUUGGCCUUGUACGUUUUACAGACUCAGAAAAAUUGCUCAGCCUGAAAAGAUUUUCAAAGGACAAGGUUAAAAGAUUUGGAAAAGAAGCAUUAGUUCUGAAGGAAAAGUAUCUGAUGAAGUAUAUAAGUCACUCUGUUUUUGUUCCUCGAAUUAUAUGCUCUGCUGCUGAUCGUUCUUAUGCUGGCUUACUUCUGGACACACGUAUUGUUUGCUCUAUGACCUCAGUUAUACACAGUGCAUUGGAUGAAACAUCUGCACAGUUCUGUGCUGCAUGCACUGUUAUUGCCCUCGGAUAUUUGCACGAGAGAGGCAUUCUCUAUCGAGGUGUGUCCCCUGAUGUUCUAUUGUUUGAUCAGACUGGAUACAUACAGCUAGUGGACUUCAGAUUCGGGAAGAAACUAUCUGCCGACUGUUCUGAGAGAACAUACACAAUAUGUGGAAUGUCAGAUUCAUUGGCUCCUGAAAUAAUCCAAGGGAAAGGCCACAGUUUCCCUGCUGACUGGUGGUCCUUGGGAGCUUUGGUGUUCUUCAUGUUACAAGGUGAAAUGCCUUUUGGAUCUUGGAGAGAAAGUGAAGUCAGUUAUGCAAGGAUAGUGAAAGGCCAGUUAACCCUUCCACACCAUUUUAGUAGUGAAGCUGUCGACCUUAUAACGAAGUUACUUGAAGUAGAAGAAACUGCACGACUGGGAAGCCAAGGCAUAGACUCGAUCAAAUCCCAUCCUUGGUUUGGUGGUAUUGAUUGGCCAAAAUUAGAAGAGGGGAUAUUUCCUGUUCCUCGGGGUAUCAUCUCGCGAAUAAAUGCUUUUCUGGAGAGCCAUCUGGACGAAGUCUUAAUUUCAACAGAUUCCCCAGCCCAAGCCCAAGAACCUGAAGACCUUAAUACUCCAGAAUGGCUUCAAGACUGGUAG